CUCUCUCGAUCCAAAGCCAGAUCGGCACGACGAGCAGAGGCCCCCCCCGGAGCGGCGCGGAGCAAUGGCGGCGGGAUACCGGGCGGAGGACGACUACGACUACCUCUUCAAGGUUGUACUGAUCGGCGACUCCGGCGUCGGCAAGUCCAAUCUGCUCUCACGCUUCACGCGCAACGAGUUCAGCCUUGAGUCCAAGUCCACCAUCGGCGUCGAGUUCGCCACCCGCUCUCUCCAGGUCGACGGCAAGGUUGUCAAGGCCCAGAUUUGGGACACUGCCGGCCAGGAACGAUAUCGUGCUAUUACUAGUGCGUAUUAUCGAGGUGCUGUUGGGGCGUUGCUUGUAUAUGACGUCACUCGUCACUCAACCUUUGAGAACGUUGAGCGUUGGCUGAAGGAGUUGAGGGACCACACAGAUCCCAAUAUAGUUGUUAUGCUGGUUGGCAACAAAUCUGAUCUCCGCCAUCUUGUAGCAGUUCAAACUGAUGAAGGAAAAGCAUUCGCAGAGAGGGAGUCAUUGUAUUUCAUGGAGACCUCUGCACUCGAGUCGACUAACGUUGAAAAUGCAUUCGCAGAGGUGUUAACUCAGAUCUACCGUAUUGUGAGCAAGAGAGCAGUUGAAGCAGGCGAAGAUGCAGCAUCUGGGCCUGGCAAGGGCGAGAAGAUUAACAUAAAGGAUGAUGUUUCGGCGGUGAAGAAGGGUGGCUGCUGCUCUAGCUGAGCUGCCCUGCUGUAUUUUUUGGAGUUGUGGUGAUGUAGCUUAUGGUACGGCAUUUCCAGCGACCGAGAACUGGUAGUGGCAUUAGCAGCUUCUAUGUUACCUAGAGAGUUUAUUGUCAAACUGGGGAAAAAAAACUGAAGGUUAGAUCGGUGUAGAUCUUUCUGGUACUGUAUUGUGUAUCCGGCAAUAGGCAUGGUAUUGUUUUUUUUUUUGCUGUGAAUCCACUGGUACCAUGUUUAAACUUAUGAAUUGUUCAAAAUAGAAAGGUGCUUCAUGCUUGCC